GUCAAGCCCCGCCCUCUUUGUCCCCUCUGUGUCACGAGGGACCGCAAGGGGAGACACUGUCAUCCCAGCCCUCGCAGACAGGUGGUUGGUUGCCCUCACCACAAAACAAUCUCGCUCUACUGUCCGGGGCUGCUGCUGUUGCUCUUUGUGGCUGCGUAAGAGUCUAGAAAAAGUGAUCUCUGUGGCUUUUGUUUUUGCAGUGUUUUCACGUGGAAUUUUUAUAUACACAUCGUUUCAACCGGUGCUAAUUGUGGUGGCGGAGUUUGUGGUUUUUGGGAGAGUGAUGGCCGGUGGAAUCCUACAGAGAUUUCACUGAUUUGCGCCGAGUGAAUCCUCAGAGCACUGUCAGUGAUUAACAUCGUGUUUCCACACUCUUUUGACUCAGAAACAAAAGUCCCAUCCGGAGGAAACUUGCGCGAAUAUCAAACCUUUGAUAAAAAGCUACGAUGGAUCAAACUAUCAUUGGAAGUGGAGGGCUGCCUCUUCCGGUGCCCACCACUGGAGGCAUAAUGCCCAUUGGGGCAUCUCUGGCUACACUGGCUCCUCUGGAGCCAACUCGAUCCUCCCCUUACUCGAGUCUGCUUCCAGGGGCGGAGUGGGGCCUACUGGAAACCACCGACAUCACCCGAGACUACGGCGGCCUCUUUUCGUCGUCCCUCGUCGAGUACGGACUACCGCCCAUCUUGCCCCGAACGCCCACGCCCCACGACAACAUUCACAACACCCACGACUUCACUUCGUACGCAUCCCACUACGGCGCACCUGUGGAAUACGCGGCGCCCCUCACCCCCGAAAGCGAUCCGCCCUCCGACGGCAGCGGAUCUCCCACCUCCUCACCACCUGUCACGUCCCAGCACGUGGCACCUCCUCAUACUUCCAUGCCCAGCAACGCCCAUUAUACGCCCACUCCGCAGUUUACCAACGCGUACGCUCAAGGACACGUGCCAGCCUUCGCCUCCAGCGGGCUGUCGCCGCCGACGGACGAUCUAUCUGGCUUGGCUUCGGCACUCCCGGUCGGUACUCCGGAGCAGCUCUCAGCGCCGUUAGGGCCGCUACUGCCUCUACCUGUGCCUUCCGGUGGAGAGCUGAACUUCGGCGGUCUUAGCGCCGAUGUCCUGACGUCCCUGGGGUCACUGGUCAACGAACAGCGCGGCGGCAGCGGCGUUGGCGGCGACGUCACCUCCGACCAGAGAUCGGACUUGAGUCACGAUGCAUCUGAAUCAACAGAAGAUGCACUGAAGGCCGACUUGUUGGGCAAACCACGAAAGGAGCGGACAGCUUUCACCAAACACCAGAUCCGGGAACUUGAGGCAGAGUUUCAGCACUCCAAUUAUCUGACAAGACUCAGACGAUAUGAAAUAGCCGUCUCGCUCGACCUCACGGAGAGACAGGUAAAAGUGUGGUUCCAGAACAGACGGAUGAAAUGGAAGCGCACGAAGAGCGGACAGCUGGCCAUGAAGCGUCAGCAGCAGGCCCAGCAGGAAGCACAGAGGCAACAGCAGCAGCUUGAACAACAGCUGGAACAGCAGCAGAAACAGCAACUCGAAAACCCGGUGCAACAGGAGGCCGAGACGAAGUUGGACCCCAUUCAAGAAUCUCUGCAAGAAAACGUCAAGGUUUUCCCUCAGCAGCAACAACAGCAGCAGCAGCAGGAAGAUAAACACACCAGUGAAAGCAGUCCAGCCGGCAACAGUACACCUACAAAUGGCUCAACCACGAACACCACGAAUGCCGUCGACACCAAGGGCGACGGUGACAGGAGCAGUACCAACGCAGAUGACAACAGUAAUAAUAACCACAACGCCACCGGGACCAGUCCCAGAGAUCCGAUCCUGACACACCACGGGGUUCUUGGUUCCCCAGCGACAGCCACGGCUCUGGCUUCAGCUGACCUGCCUCCGAGUCACCUGGAUUCCUACAGCAAUCUCCACGAGGCCAUCGGCCCUUCCACGCCCUCAGAUCUCACUUCCAGCCCACUUUCAGGUCAGAUAGAGGACGCCAACAACUACACAAGCCUGCAUCACAAUUUAGCCGAUGCAAACCCUUACUUAUCGGAAGGAGAAGAAUGCUAAAGCUGUGUUCUUAAUUCUACACUUCGAAAUUCUAAGCUUUACUGCUCCUUAACAGAAAUGUUCUAGAUACUCUCUCCUUUCUUCAGCAGUGUCAUAUUUAUUUAUAAAAAUCAGUAUAGGUUUAAGUAUCUGCAUAAAAUGUUUAUUAUAUUUAAAUUUAUCCUUAAUCUUAUUAAUGAUUCUCAUUAUUUGCAACAACCUUUCUAAGCACACUAUUCUGGCUAGACAAUGUUAGUGCACCUUCAGAGGUUCUCAGUGAACUGGACAGAAGUGAAUAUAUUAUGAUUAAAAAUUUAUAGGAUUUCUCAUACUAUUUAUGUAAAUGUGAUAGUAUCCCAGACUUAGCUGUUAGAGUUGUUGCAAUAGCUAUAAGAUGUAUUACUUCAGAUAAUUUAUGGAUAGCUUUUCAUUACCAGUACUCUUAGUUGUACGUACAUCUUUGGGUUCUGUCAUCCUCAUCUCAGAUUUCCUGCUUCAGUCUUCUCUCGAGGCUCUUCAAGUUUAUUUGAUUUUGGGGUAACACUCAUUUUCAAUUCCAGAAUGAUGUGAUUUCAAUGCAUCCUUUUAAGUAAGUGUGUGGGGCAUAUCUUCCCCGCAAGACAAAGAUUUAGACCACAGCUAUUACAAGUCUGUGGGUGAACAAUUACUUGAAGGCCACCCUUAACCCUAGGAAUGUCACGUACCUCAGUACUUAAUGGACUUUUCUUCUAUUUCCUUCUUUCUUAUAGAAGAUUAUUUGAUUCUGUAGAUAGAAAUGUGACAAGGGGGAAUUCUAUAAUUCCCCUUAACUUUUAUAAAUAGAAAAGUAUGUUUUUGUACUUCAAAGGUGAAGCUGAAUUUGUCCAUAUACAAUUUUUACAAUGUGAGACGAUAUUGCCAGAGCUUUGGAACUGAAAUAAACAGAUCAUUAUUU